AUGAACCACUGGAUCAUUACCGUUAACUUAUCUACUGUUAACUUUGUUCAGAAGGAUUCUGUCAAGAUAUUGAUGAAGAUAGUAUGGGAAGUGAAGAACAUAGUGAAGAUCCUUACAGAAAAAGUGACAAGUGGAAACACAAAGGGAGUUAACCUGGAGAGCCCCAGUUUUUCACUAUUGAUAGGAGGAAGGAAAGUGAGCUGGCACUUCAGACUGGCCUGUUUCGAUCUGCAAGAUGGGAACGUAGGAAUGUACCUCAUCAUGGACCACGAGCCAGACCGCUCCAUCGACUUUGAGAUGAAGUGCAGGUUUGCUUGUAUAGAUGAGUUUAGAGACGAGGUACACAGAAGGGAGGGGUUCAUGCAGUUCGAACCUGACAAGCUCUGUUUAGGGUUUCGGAACUUCGUCCAUCACAGCCACAUUCUGAUACCGAAAAGUAAUAUAAUAAUGAGAGGAACACUGUACGUGACAUGUACACUUUACUCAACUAGCGGACCUGACGAAUAUUACUCAUCUGAGUGGAUUGAUACAGUACUGGGAGAGGACACGAGCAUCAGUAACUCAAUAGUCUGUCACGAGAGUCUAUGGCUCAUCCCUCCGUGCAUGUCUCACAGAAGCGACAUUGAUCAGCUCCACAACGCUACUACUGAGAUGUUACACACUAUGUAUACACUAGGACUGUUUGCUGAUGUCAAGGUGACAUGUGGAGACAAAAUCUUUAACCUUCACAAAUCAGUUCUGAGUGCAUGGAGCGAGGUUUUUCUAGCCAUGUUCUCGUCGCCCAUGAUAGAGAGGGAGGGAGACCUCAACAUCACCGACUGUUCUGAGGUCACUUUCGAGAAUCUUGUGAGGUAUCUUUACUCAGAGCAGAUCCCUGACACUGAGGGUGAAGUUACUGAUCUACUGAUAAUUGCAGAUAAGUACCUUAUCUCUAGACUGAAAAGGAGAUGUGAAGAGGUUAUGAUAGAAUAUAUGCAAGUGCACAAUAUAGCGGAGUUAGCCGAGCUAGCCACCAAACAUGGUUGCCAACUUCUCAAGAACAAGCUUGUUAACUUCAUUAAAGAUAACAGGGAAGAACUGUCUUACGAUGAGGAUUUAAAAGAUAUUCUUAUCGGAGAUCCUGAUAUGCUGUGGAGACUCAGUAUUUUAGAGAGAAAAGGAAAAUCUUUAUAG